AAAUGAGCAUUGUUGCAUCUGAUGAAAACAUCGCUAGUCUUUAUUACUGAAAAGUUUUAAUACAAUUGUUUAAAAACAGUUCAUUUCUGAGGAGCUGUCCAGCAUGGAGAUGGAAACAGAUGUGUUAGCUGCAGUUUCAUCUAUUGUAGAAAUACAUUCAGAUAAAUUAACAGAAUUUUCAUCUUCUGAAGAUUUGAAACCAGAUCUAUCAACCAUCGUAUUAUCAUCUUCUGAAGGCAUAAAAACAGAAUUAUCAACAUUUUUAAAUUCCCAGGAUAUAAAACCCGACAUGACAUUUAAAACCCCUCAAGAUGUUAAACCUAAUUUUACAACAGAAUUUUCUUCUUCUGAAAACAUAAAAGCAGAAUUAUCAACAUUGUUUCAUUUCCAGGAUAUAAAACCUGACAUGACAUUUAAAACCCCUGAAAAUGUUAAACCUGAUGUUACACCAGAAAUUUCUUCUUCUAAUGACAUAAAACCAGAAUUAUCAUUUUUUAAUUUCCAGGAUAUAAAACCUAACAAGUCAUUUAAUACUUCUCAAAAUUUUAAUCCUGAUAAUACAUUUUCAAUUGAAAAAAUUAAUAAGAAACCUGUUGCAACAGCAGUAUUUUCAACAGCUGAAAAUUUAAAACCAGAAUUGUCAACUACUGAAAAUUUAAAACAAGAUUUAGCUACAGAAUUUUUAUUUUUUGAGGACAAACAACAAAAUGGACUUGAAGAAAAUCUACAAUUGUCUAGGGACAAAAAUAAGAUUGUUCAUUGUCAUCAAAUAUUUUCUCAAAGUUCUAGUAUUAAUAUGCAGAAAAAUGUUCAUUCAGGAGAUAAGCCAUAUGAAUGUGAUGUUUGUCAUAAAAGGUUUUCUCAAAGUUCUUAUUUAAGAAAACAUAAAAAUGUUCAUUCAGGAGUAAGGCCACAUGAAUGUGAUGUUUGUCAUAAAAGGUUUUCUCAAAGAUCUAACUAUGAUAUACAUAAAAAUAUUCAUUCAGGAGAUAAGCCAUAUGAAUGUGAUGUUUGUCAUAAAAGGUUUUCUCAAAGUUCUUAUUUAAGAAAACAUAAAAAUGUUCAUUCAGGAGAUAAGCCAUAUGAAUGUGAUGUUUGUCAUAAAAACUUUUUGCGGAAGCAAGGUCUGUUACUACAUAAAAAGGUUCAUUCAGGAGAAAGGCCACAUGAAUGUGAUGUUUGUCAUACAAAAUUUAGGGAUAAGAAUGUUCUAUUACAACAUAAAAUUGUUCAUUUAGGAGAGAGGCCUCAUAUAUGUGAUGUUUGUCAUAAAAUCUUUGUGGAUGUAAAGGAUCUAUUAUGUCAUAAAAAAGUUCAUUCUGAAGAUAAGCAAUAUGAAUGUGAUAUUUGUCUUAAAAGAUUUUUUCAAAGUUCUAAUUUAAGACAACAUAAAAAAGUUCAUUCAGGAAAUAAACCGCAUGAAUGUGAUGUUUGUCAUAAAAGGUUUUCUAAAAAUUCUUAUUUAAGAGCACAUAAAAAUGUUCAUUCAGGAGAAAGGCCACAUGAAUGUGAUAUUUGUCAUAAAAGGUUUUCUCAAAUUUCUAAUUUAAGAACUCAUAAAAAGGUUCAUUCAGGAGAUAUGGCAUAUGAAUGUGAUGUUUGUCAUAAAAGGUUUUCUAAAAGUUCUAAUUUAUUAAGACAUAAAAAGGUUCAUUCAGGAUAAAGGCCACAAGAAUGUAAUGUUUGAUAUCCAAGGUUUUCUCAAAUUACUUUACUAAAAAAAAAUUCAUAAAAGAGAGAAGCCACAUGAAUGUGAUAUUUGUCACAAAAAGUUGACUCAGAAGAAUAAUUUGUUAUGAUAUAUGUUUUUACAGGUUAUAAGCCAUAUGUAUGUAUAAAAGAUUUUCUCAAAGUUCUUAUUUAAGUGCACUUGAAAAAGUCAUUCAAGAGACAAGCCACAUUAAUCUGGUAUUUGUCAUAAAAGAUUUUCUUAAAGUCUUAAUCUAAAUGCACAUUAGAAAAAUCAAUCAGGAAGAGAGGCCACAUGAAUGUGAUGUUUGUUACAAAAGAUUUUCUCAUAUUUCUAAUUUUAAUACUCAUAAAUAAUUCAUUCUUGUGGUAAGUUAGGAAAUUCAUCAUGACUUAACACCCAUUUAAAUAAUUUUUCAACAAAAAUAAUUAAUUCUAGAGCAAAUUAUUAUUAUUAAGUAUCCUUUUA